UGAAGCUUUGCGUCAAUUCGUAAUCUUCCUCAAAUGGUGUCAACGUCUGUGGCUGUGGCGGCGGUCGUGCUGCUGUCCAGCGCGCUGCUGAUGCUGGGCGACCGCGUGGACCUCCCCCCACUUGAGACACUUAAGCAGCAAUGGGCAACCAGUAGCGGUUAUGACCUGGCGGAUCUGUCAGCGCCUGUGCUCUACGGUCAGCCACUGUUGGCACUGGCCUAUGUGGCUCGCCUGCCCGUGCUGGGCCGUAUCCUGUGCAACCAACUGGCUAAGGACAACAAGAUCGUUGAGGCCCGCAAGUUCGCGGCCUCCAUCCCCGACCUGCCUCUAUACUACCCGUACCUGGAGCCCAAGCAGAGCGACUUCCGACAAGGAGAAGGACCGCUAUCCCUCGAGGAUUUCAGCAAGAAAGCAACGAAGAGCAAGAGUACAGACGCUUUCAAGCACUGGAGUAUCGCCGACUACACGUCACGCUACACCUCCGGCGAGGUGACGCCUGUACAAGUGGCUAAAGCGCUAUUGGCUGCAGUUGAGAAGAACCAGCAGAGUGACUAUCCUCUCAACUUGUUUGUGGAGAAACACGACGAGGAAAUUCUGGCGCAGGCCAAGGCGUCAGCGGAACGCUAUGCGCGCGGCAAACCUUUGGGUGUGCUGGAUGGCGUACCGGUUGCUAUCAAGGACGAAGUGCACAUCAAGGGCCACCGCAUGUUCACUGGGACGUCCUUCCUAGGAUAUGAAGAGGAGCCUGCAACGGAAGACGAUCCGCCGGUUGCUCGACUUCGUGCAGCUGGAGCGAUCAUCUUGGGCACAACCAACAUGCAUGAGAUCGGCUCGGGUGUCACAGGCUACAACAUGCACUACGGCACAGUCCGUAACCCAUACAACCCGAAAUGUUACACUGGUGGAUCAUCCAGUGGUUCAGCUGCCGCUGUAGCGUCAGGACUGGUGCCGUUGGCGCUGGGCUUGGACGGCGGUGGCUCUAUUCGCGUCCCCUCCUCGAUGUGUGGCGUAGUCGGUAUCAAGCCCACGUUCCAACGGAUCCCUCCCCCUGCAGCAGACUGUCCAUCAGUUGCUCACGUUGGCCCGAUCGCAGGUACUGUUCGUGAUGCUGCUAUUGGCUACGCUAUUAUGAGCGGUGGAGACGAAGCUAGCUUCCCUCGCGGAAUGACUCAGCCACCCGUAGACCUGCAUUCGUUCGAGGAUACGUCUUCGCUCAAGGGUGUUCGCAUCGGUUACUUCAGCGACUACACGAACCACUCGUCACCUGAGAUCGCGGAGGCCGUCACUAAGACGCUUAAAGCUCUCAAGGCUCGUGGAGCGGAGCUGGUGGAGACCCCGCUGCACCACCUGACAUCCAUUCACGUCGCCCACUCCAUCACUAUUACGUCUGAGUUUGCUCAGAAUCUGGACAAGUACUACGAGCGCUUCGGCGAGAUGUCUCCGGAAGUGCAGCUCAUUCUGACGUUCGGCCGAAGCUUCACGGCCAUGGAUUUCCUCGCAGCACAGCGCGUUCGCGCGUUCGCUCUGCGUCAGUUCCAGGAGAAUGUACUGAGUAAAGUGGACGCAUUCGUGACGCCAUCGACCGGUAUCACCGCCCCCGAGAUUCCAGCCGAGGCUCUUGCAGUUGGUGAGUUGAACGCAGCUCAACUGGGCAACAUCUUCCGCUUCAGCGUCUACGGCAAUCUCAUCGGCGUGCCGGGCGUGGCUGUGCCGAUCGGCUACGACUCGCGCGGACUGCCCAUGUCCAUCCAGUUCCAGACCGCCCAUUGGCAAGAGGACACGAUGCUGCGUCUGGCCCACACUACCGAAGAACUGUACGCCAAGACUCAGAAGAAACCGCAAAUUUACUUUUCCAUCCUCGAUGAUGCGGUCAAGCAGUCCAGCGACUAAACUACCGGUAAAUGUCGUAGCACAGCGAAUCUAUCUGCCGUACAACUUCAACUUUCAUCUGUUCAUGCUUUCCCGCCAAAACUGCAAAUAUUUCAUUUCGACAAAAUUCGCAAUUCC